GGUAAAUGAAAAUAGCAAGUGACACUCACACUGCCAAUCUCAGACCAAGCGAAAAAAAAAAAAAAUGAUGCAGAGAGCUUCUUCAGCUCUCUGUUCUUCAAACCCACUUCCCUCUUUACCGACCUCUAUUCCGACCCGUCAUCUCAUCGGAGCUCCGUUCCAUAAUCGAACCACCCGUCCCUACCAUGUUCAAUUGCCCUUCAAACACCAGCAAAAUUUCCGACUUGCCAUCCCUGCACCACGCACCACUACUACUCAAGAGACAUUGGAAACCUCCAAGACUGAAUCUGGAUUUGUUGAAAUUGGAUAUAUAUCUAAUGUUCAUGGACUUGAAGGAGAGAUUCGUGUCAAAACCAGCACUGGUUUUCCUGAAUUGCGAUUCUCUAAGCCUGGGAUAAGAUGGUUGAAGCAAAGAGUUUCAAGUGAUGAAACAGUUCGGGAAGUUGAGCUGGUAGAGGGAAGAGGACACACUGGUCAGAAGAGUUGGAUACUUAAAUUAAGAGGAAUUGACACGGUGGACCAGGCUAAGCAGCUUGUUGGUUCUACUUUACUCGUGAGAGAAGAAGACAGGCCAGAAUUGGAUGAAGGCGAAUUUUAUACUCCUGAUCUUGUUGGCAUGAGAGUUGUUCUUAAGGAAACUGGUGAAUCUGUGGGAACUGUUGUUAACGUUUACAACAGUGGGGCAAGUGAUCUCCUACAUGUUAAGCUUGAUUCAUCUGUCAAAUUGCUGCCUAAAACCGGAGAGCUAAAGACAACAGAAACACGCGUUUCUGAUCACCUAAUCUGGGUACCAUUUGUUGAAGCAAUAGUUCCAUAUGUUGACAUAAAUAGAAGAGAAAUGCAGAUUACACCUCCCAAGGGACUUCUCGAGUUAAAUUUACGUUUGGAUGAGAGGUCCAAGAAAGAAAGGCGGCAGCUUGAAUGGAAGGAAAGGAAAAAGUUCCAAAGGCACCUCAUAACAGCAAAAAAGAAAUUAUGUGAAAUGGAGCAACAACAUGUAUUUCAUGGGUUUAGAUUUGGGGAGAAAGCCCAAAGGAGCUUGCUUGCUGAUCAGAUUGUUGGUGUCAAUUCCAAUUUGCUGCAACUGGCAUUACAAAAUAUUGAGAUACCCUCUAAGAGAUGGAAUGUAACUGAGUUGUUCAGAGCCACAGAAGCCAAGCUAACAAGUACUCUGAAAAUAUCAGAGGAAUGCCUCACUUCUUGUGCAAGUAAAGAAAAGCCGGGUACGAAUUCAACUUUUCGAGAAAAGGGACUCCAUCUCCUGUCUAAAGGAAAAUCAGCCAUUGUUUUAGUUGUGAAUGAAAGUGAAAGGCAAGGAUGGGGCUAUGACCCUGAUCUGGUUGACUUUGAAAGCUUUGAGACUUCACCAUCUUCCCUCAUUCAGACAUUGCUUAGUGAUGAUCAGAGAUUUGUAAAGAUAGAAGACCGUGCAUCUAUGCCCUUGAUUUUGGUUUGCUCAGCUCAUGGAAUCCAAACUCUAAAAAAGCUGUUCUUAGAGAACGAUUACUUUGCGUUUGACUCACAAAAGGUCUGGUUUCUGGAAGAAGAGAUGCUUCCGGUUGUUAGCAGUUCACUGGAAGAGCAGAAAAAGCAUAAAAUUUUGAUGAAAUCUCCAUGGGAAAUACUCCAAUCACCUGUUGGUUCUGGUGGAGUUAUCAGCUUGCUUUCAUCACACAACAUUCCUGAUAAUCUUAGCGAAAUUGGUGUGGAGUACGUUGAGAUAUGCAGUAUCAGUCAAAGAGGCAUCGGUGCCAACCCACUUCUUCUUGGAUUUGUUAAUUCACGUGAAGCAGAUAUUGGUAUCCAAAUAUCAAAAGAUGUAGAAAAUUUUGAGGGAAAUUUUGACAUGAUAUUCUCAAUGAACUUUAUAAAGAAGUUGAUGAAAUGGAUCAAUAAGCUCCAGUUCUUUGUACUCCCAAAGCCAAAUUCACAUGUUGAGUUGAUUGACAAAGAGUGGGUUGAUGUUACACCCUCAUCCCCCAACUCAUUUGAGCUUUGUUGUACAAUUUACAGUUCCUUGAAUGCCUGUUCUUCUGAAAAGGUUUGUAUAAUGGAGAUCACAGAGUAAUAUAUUGAUAAAUUAAAUUUACAAACUUC